UUGUGAUAAGUCUACGGACUUUCCAUCCUUGUGAAGCUUUUAUCGUUGACCAGCAUCAACAUGAGAGCUAUUGUAUUUUUUUGUCUGCUGCUGGAGGCUUUUUGUGACAAACCAAGUUACAUCUGGCCGACUGCCGACUAUGCUGUCGACCCACACUUGAUUGGCACUGAGUGUCUUUCGGCAUCGUGUGGCUGCUGCGUGAUUCAGAAACAGAUGGCCAGAAUGAAGAAACAUUUUGAACAUGUCGCUGUGGAAAUGAACAGGUACCUGACAGAAUCAAAGACGGCCCUUAACCUGACAAGAGGUCGCAGCGCCUUCUCCGUCUCACUGACCAAUAAUAUGUCCUGCUCUGUCCCCGCCGGUAAUGACCAGCUCAUCAUCUAUGGCAAUGUCCUCCUCAACCUGAGAGGCAGCUACAACGUGCUGACAGGUAUCUUCACCGUUCCUCAAUCUGGUGUCUACUGCCUCACCGUCACCAUCCAUGCCAAUGCUACUUCUGGCACAAACGUGGCCAGCUGCGCUCGUCUGCAGGUUAAUGGCACAGAGGUGGUGGCUUUACUCAGCGAGAAAAAGGGCAACGACCGUCAAGACAGCAGCAGCAUUGUUGUAGCCUUGAAACUGGAGGCUGGGAAUGAGGUGGCUGUCCUUCUGCCCAACGGAUGUGUGGUCUGCAAUGAAGGCCAAGGCCAGCACUAUAACACCUUCACUGGCUUCCUGCUCUAUGCUACUAGCUAAGUCUGCAAUGUGUAGCUGCUCCGGCCUUCUGCUCGGUGAAAACCUUCAUGGUGAAAGUCAUGUAUCCAAUAAUCUCUGUCUGAUUUCAUGUAGUCUCAUCCAUCGUAACGCAAUGCUGUCAUUCUUAUUUUGUCCAGAGAACACGUCCCGUCCAUUACCAUCUUUUGAGAGACACCAUGUUUUUAAUCCAUUUUAUCUGCAUUCAACCAGAAAAAAUUGAUUAACCUUUUUCAUGUCAUUGUCACAUUUGUAACAGCUGUUGAUCUUUCAUUUGCUGAAACAGUGUCAUGUAAGUUGUGAUAGAAAUAUGAAUUAAAAAAAUCUGUGUAUGAAUCGUAACAUAAAAAAUAAACCAUUCUUUUGAAGGAAA